AUGUCUGACACCGGUCGCAAGGAUUUCUCUACCAAGGCCAAGGAGGAGAUCACUCCUGACUCCACCAAGUCCACCCAGGACAAGGUCAAGGAGACUUUCACCGACACCACCGACCGUGUUGCUCGCGGAUUCCAGACCGAUGACAGCAAGGGUGGUGCCCAGGAGGCCUUCGACAAGACCCAGCGUGCCAGUGACAACAAUGUUCACGGCGGUGCCAGCAACUCCAUUGGCGACAAGGUCAAGAACGCCCUCGGUAUGAACCACUAG